AUGAAAUUCCUCAUCGUUCUUUUUGCUAUGGUAGCUGUAGCUACAUGCCGCCCAGGACACUCCCAUGGAGGUAGCUCAGCUGGAGCUGCUGCAGGAGGCGCCGUUCUCCAAGUUCAAGUACAAGCUCAAGGCGGAGGUCAUGGCGGUGGUCAUGCUGCUCCAGCUGCCCCAGCUGCUCCCCCACAGAUCGUUCGUGUCAUCCAAGAACAAGCUCCUGCUCCAGCACCUGCUCCAUCCGGCGGACAUGGAGGAGCUGGCGGUCAAACACUCCUCGUUAAAGUUGCUCCUCAAGGCGGACAUGGCGGUGGUCAUGCUGCUCCAGCUGCCCCUGCUCCUGCUCCACAAUUGGUUCGUGUCAUCCAAGAAACUAUCCCUGCCCCUGCUCCAGCUCCAUCUGCAGGACACGGAGGUGCCGGCGGUCAAACUCUCCUCGUUAAAGUUGCUCCUCAAGGCGGACAUGGCGGUGGUCAUGCUGCUCCCGCUCCAGCUGCCCCUGCUCCAGCUCCUCAAUUGGUCCGUGUCAUCCAAGAAACUAUCCCUGCCCCUGCUCCAGCUCCAUCUGCAGGACACGGAGGUGCCGGCGGUCAAACUCUCCUCGUUAAAGUUGCUCCUCAAGGAGGUCAUGGAGGUGCUGCUCCUGCUCCAGCUGCCCCUGCUCCUGCUCCACAAACAAUCCGUGUCAUCCAAGAAACUGUUCAAGCUUCUGCUGGAGCUUCCCAUGGAGCUGGUGCCGGUGCUGGAGCCCAAUUCGCCGUUCAAGUUGCCUCAGCUGCUGCUGCUGCUCAAGGAGGAGCUGGCGGAUGGUAA